CUUCGUUAAAUCUCUAACGGAGGACAAGAUAUGAAAUGUCCUCAAACAAAGUGCACCCAGUUUACCAGGACUACGACACUUUCUCCGUAUCAACUGAUUGGGACUCAAGAAGAUCUGUGGCCUUUCAACAUGAAAAAGAUUUCAAUUGCUGCCACACUAGAAGAUGUCUCUGCAUUGCUGGAUCAGUCCUACUCGUCCUGGGAACAAUUGCUGGAGCUAUAACGUUAGGAGUCAUUUAUGGAAUACCGAAAAAUCCAAAUACAUACACACGUCACUGCAAAACCACUAUGAAUGCCACUGGCUUCCUGUGUGACAACAGACUGACCUGUGUUACGGCCUCUGUGCUGUGUGAUGGCAAGGUAGACUGCUCUAAUGGAGAAGAUGAGUCUACUCAUUACUGUGGUAAUUUACCAAACAGUCUUCCAGAAAACCUGGUUUUCCGAUGUGCAAACAAAAGAACUUGGACAUAUAUUGACAAACUCUGUGACAAAAGAAAUGACUGUGGUGAUUGUUCCGAUGAGUCCGCUCUGCGUUGUCCUCUCUGUCCGGGAUGGAGGUGUAACACAGUCUUCUUUGCGGAUUGUGACUGUAUCCCAAAAACACGCUGUCAUGACAACAUUCAGGACUGCACAGACUGGAGUGAUGAACUAACAUGUUAAUAUUAUAUUCUCUCUACAA